AUGUCGGAUACCAAGAACUCUUUCGUAUCGCAGUUGAACAUCUUCAAUAAAGAUAACUACAAGUCAUCGAACUCAACACAUGAAAUCGAGGGCUCUGAUGGCGAGCAACCUUCAGAUGUCGAGGCCGGUCAACAGUUCGUCACCGAACUGGAUCAAGGUGAAAAAAGACUAGGUCUUUUUUCAUGCAUUGGUCUUAUAUGUAACAGAAUGCUGGGUACCGGUGUUUUCGCCGUCUCAUCCACUAUCUACACACAAGCAGGGUCCAUCGGUCUGGCUCUGAUUUUAUGGGCUGUCGGUGCUAUCAUCGCUACUUCAGGUCUAUACGUUUACAUGGAAUUCGGUACCGCCAUCCCGAAAAAUGGCGGUGAAAAAAACUACCUGGAGGCUAUCUUUAAGAAACCAAAAUUUCUAAUUACUUCAAUGUACGCCUCAUACGUUUUCUUCUUGGGUUGGGCUUCCGGUAACUCUGUCAACACUGCUGUCAUGUUCUUGAACGCAGCGGGCACCGAAGCUACCGAAUGGAGACAGAGAGGUUUGGCUAUCGCUGUCAUCUUUUUCGCUUUCCUGAUCAAUGCUAUCUCAGUCAAGACAGGUUUAUAUAUUCAAAACGCACUAGGUAUUUUCAAAGUUGUUAUCGUCAUCUUUAUUUCCAUCACAGGUUGGGUUGCUUUAGGUGGCGGGUUGAAGAAUGGCUACAAGACUGACAAUUUCCACAAUGCAUUCGCCGGUACAGAGAAUGCUACCGCAUACGGUGUUGUCAAUGCUCUAUAUAACGUCAUUUGGUCCUUUGUGGGCUAUUCAAACGUCAACUACGCUUUGGGUGAAGUCAAAAACCCUGUCAGAACUUUGAAGAUCGCAGGUCCAACUUCAAUGGUUUUCGUUUCAAUUAUCUACAUUUUCGUCAACAUCGCUUAUUUCGCUGUCGUUCCAAAGGAAACUUUGAAAUCAUCCAAGUUAGUCUUGGCUGCAGAUUUCUUUGAUAUUGUUUUCGGUGAAAGUGGUAAGAAAGCUGCUUCCGUCAUUGUCGGUUUAAGUGCCUUGGGUAACGUUUUAUCCGUCAUAUUCUCUCAAGGUAGAAUCAUUCAACAAUUGGGUAGAGAAGGUGUCUUGCCUUUCUCCUCUUUCUUCGCUUCUUCAAAGCCAUUUAACUCCCCAAUGGUCGGCUUAUUCCAACAUUUCGUCGUUUGUGUGGUCACUAUCAUUGCCCCACCGGCAGGUGACGCUUACAACUUCAUUUUGAACUUGAUCUCAUACCCAAUGAACAUUGUCAACUUCUGUGUCAGUGCCGGUUUACUACAUAUCUACUGGCAAAGAAGAAAGGGUCUUAUCGAAUGGAACCCACCUAUCAAAGCCGGCGUUUACAUUACAACUUUCUUUGCUCUAUCCAACUUGUAUUUGAUCGUCGCACCAUAUGUCCCCCCUUCAGAAGGUCAAUCUGUUUAUGUCUCCUUACCUUAUUGGAUUCAUUGUGUUAUCGCUUGGUUAGUCUUCGCGAUUGGUGGCAUUUACUACUGUGUAUGGACCCAAAUCUUACCAAGAGUCUUCCACUACAAAUUGGUUACAAAGGAUGUCCUUGGUGAUGAUGGUUUCUGGAAAAUAUCAAUCAUUAAAGUGUACGACAAGGAUGUAUCAGAAAAGGACGAUGACGAAACUUCUGAACAAGCAAGUAAAAUUGGUGAUGACAGUUUAAUCGUUCAAACUGUUUCCCCAGAGAACCUGAAGAGUAAUAAAGAAAGUAUGAGCUCAGGUAUUGAAUAUUAA